CUCUCUGGAUUCGGAAGCAUCAAAGGGUCAAUAUUCAUCCACCUACUACGUGGCAGACAUUGGUUUAGGGCUCGGGGACUCAGUGGCCCUGUGUAUAGAUUUUGGGGUCAGAAAGACCAGGGUACCAGCCCUCCUUCCCCCACUUCCCAGGUGCAUCGUGACCUGGGACAGUGUAGUUAAGCUCUCUGACCUUCAGUUUCCUCAUCUACAAAACGGUCCCCAUAAAACACCCUAUCACAGGGAAGCCAUGUGAAUGACAUGAGAAUAUGAACUUAAUUACUCCAUAUACCACUUGCCCACGGUAAAUGGUCAGUUAACAUGAGCUUUUAUUUUUUUAUCACACCCAACAUUGGGAUUCUGGAGUCAGACUGCCCGAGUUCAGAGCCUGCUCUGUCACUCUGUGCUCUGUCACAACCACAGGCAAACAUCUUUACCUCUCUGUGACUCAGUUGCCUCAUCUGUAAAAUGGGAAUGGCACCAGUACCUGUGUUACAGGGUUGCUGUAGGAAUGAAGGCAGCUGACACAGGUAUGGCUUCUGGAAAAGGAUGUGAGGUUGGCUAUAGUGGCUGCUCUGUAAGUAUCACCUGUUGCUGGGACAUUUGGAAGCCAGCCUUCUGGGUGAGCAUAUUUGCACGGUUCAGUUUCAAACCUGGUGUUUCCCUGGAGUUUCAGGGGUAGACAUGGCAGGUCUCUGGUGGGGGAGGGACCCAAUACAUUGUGACUCUGGUUGAAAUGCUGCUCUAGUGUCACCAAGUGAGGGUGCCCUGGGACUUGCAGCUGGUGAUAUGGGCACCCAAAACCUGGAUUCUUUCCGCUUCACCUGCCCCUUGAUUCUCUCCCUGGGCAGCUCUGCCUGCCACAGUGAGAGGCUUAGAGAACUGAGGGGUUUCCUCCAGUGUGGGACAGCUUCAUAUACUAUAUUUAGACAGACAACCCAUAGAAAGGAAGAGUGGUUCCGAAAUCCAGGCUAGGCCACUCUAAUUUGGAGGCCAGGAUUUACUUCCCUUCCAGGCUCUGGACCCUACUGCCCCCCCACCCCAGGAUGCUCAAAAGCCAAGAUCCUUUCUCUCUGGAUUCCCUAUGUCCUGAGUUCAUUCAUUCAUUCAGUCAUCUGUUUACUCAACCAGUACUUACUGAGUGCCUACUGUAUGCCAGGAACUGUCCCCAGCAUCAGGAGACAACUGAGAACAAACAAACAAUUCCUGUUCCUUUGGGGCUGACAUUCUGCUUGGGGAGCCCAAUAAUAUGUAAAACAUAUAGUUAUUUCAGAUGAUGAAAAGUACCAUGGAGAAAAACAAGUAGAGAAGGGAAUACGAAGUGCUGGGUGCCACGAGAGUUUGCAUUUCUAAGUAGAGGGCCGGGGAAGGUCUCAUAAGAAGGCGACGUUUGAGCAGAGACCAGAGGGAAGGGGGAUUGGGGCCUCUGAGAUGGAGGGAAAGGGCUUUCCCGGCAGAGGUGACACCUGAUAAAAAGCCUUGAGAUGAGACAGGCUUGGAGUGAGGCGGAACGGGAAGGAGGCUGGUGUGGCUGGAGCCCAGUGAAGGGAGGCGGGUCCUACAGGGCCUUGAAGGCCACUCUCAGGACAUUGGCUUUUUUUCAGAGUGAAGUGGGAGCCUUGGAGGGCUCUGAGCAGAAUGAUGUGGUCUGACUUGGGCUAUCGUAGGAUUCCUCCAGCUGCUCUAGAGCAGUAGAUUAAGUUCAAAUGUAUCUGACACAGUCCUGGAAUGGGACGUGGAGAUACCGCCCUGGACCCUGACUCAGUCAUUUGUUCACUCAGUAGAAGCUUUAUUGAGCCCAUCUUGGGUGUCAGGGUGGGGCUGGAGCCCUGGAGGCACAGAGACAGUAAGUCUCCGUCCCCAUCCUGCUCAGUUCAAUAAGGUAAACAUCACUUAUUCAAUUACUUGGUGUGAGCAAAUGCAGGAGAGAGCAGAGUUGGUUGGAAGUGAAAAAUAUGACUUGGAAAGUUGAGGAAGACGUACAGGAAUUAGAGAUUCCCUCAAAGUAGCUUAACCAAAAAAAAAAAAAAAAAAAGGUGGGGUGUUAUUUAUUGGUCACUGAAAAGUCCACAGCUUCAGGCAUGGUUGGAUCUAGGGGCUCAGGCAGGGUUGUCAGGAAUCCCUCCCAAGGGGAGAUGGCCCCCACCUGCUCUAGGCAGGUAAACUACCAGCUCAGUACCCCAAGUAAGCAAACACCCUGGACUGGACUGGCUCUCACUGGCUCAGGUUCAGCCACGUGACGUUCACCACUGUCCAAGGCCGGGGAACCUGCUGGCUGAUCAGAUCUGGGUCAUGGACACACCUCUGGAGCUGGAUGGUGGGGGUGGAGUAGGGAGGUCAUCUCUACCCCCGAUCCGGAGGCAGAGUUGAAGACGGGACAGGGAAGGGCAGCUCCCCACAGAGCCGGCGAGACUCAUGCCAAAUAACAGACGUGUAUUAUCAGAGGCCCCCCGGGAUGAGGAUGAGUGGGCAUUUGGGAAACACGGGUGGAGCAGGAGAGGGAGAGGAGGCACAUGCGGAGGCAGAGCGGCAUGAAAAUCUACGGUGUGUGCAGGGAACCAGUGUUUGCAGGGUGUGUUGGAGAGGUGGGGACAGGGGUGGGGAGGAGAGGUGACCAAGGAGUUGGGCUGGGGCCACCAGCUCGUGAAGGGCCUGGGAGGUCAUGCUAAGGAGUUAGGACUUAAUGGAGCACGUGGUGGGAGCUUUGGAAAGCUUAAGGAAGAGAAUCCUCCUCCCCCAUCUUUCUAGCGGCCCUGACUCAUCUGAGGCUGUCCUUCACAGCUCCAUGGGUCAGUAGCACUUCACCAUGCUUUGUGACUUGGGAUUUUCCUGAGAACUUUAUUUCCCCUCCACAUCUGCCCCCUACGCUCCUGCUCUCUCUCACACCCCACCUAUCUCUGAUCGGCCCUUCUUGCUUGAAGUCAAUCCAGCAAAGCUCUUAAGUGCAUGGGUUUGGGAAUCAGAUGGGUCAACGUCUGAGUUCUGAUCCUGUUGCUUCCCAGCUGUGAGAACACCCUGAGCCUUCGUUUUCCCAUCUGUCAAAUGGGGAUAAUUGUAGCAGUACCACCUAGAGUUGUUACUAAGAUAAAUUGAGAGAAGGCACCUAAAGUCUUUGCGGGGAGGAAAUACUCCAUCAAUGACACUUGUUAUUAUUACAGUUUGAUCUCACUUUUAUUUUUGCUGUUCUGCUCUUACCACUGUGACCUGAACCUGUCCUGCUGCAUUUUCCAGCAGAACCCGUGGACAGUCAGCUUUGCCUGUGAGCCCUUUGGCUGGCUUCCCAUUCACCUCAAGAAGAGCCCAGGAAAUGGCAGGAAAAUUCUGUGUUUUCACUUGAUUGCCUCACAUGGCCUGGAAGAACCUUCCCUUCUGGCAGUAAACUCCAGAAACCGAGGGAGGUGGGGCAGAGGGAGGUGAAGAAGGGGCAGGACCUGGGCAGCAUAAUCUCCCCAGAGUAUUUACUGAUGGUCAUGAAAAGGAAGGGCAAGGCCAGCCAGGGAAUGGUAGGAGGCUAUUCCCUGGGGGGCAGAGGUGAUGGGGAGAAAGGUGAGCAGAAAGUGGGGAGUGAUUCCUCUACCCAUGAAACUCCUCCCCCCAGCACAAAAAUUGCCUAACAUAGAUGGAGCGAGGCAGAAGUAAGAGAACAGGGUGAAAUCUUAUUAUGCCAAGGUAUAAUAAUGGAGUGGUUAGGGGCAGGGAUUGUGGAGCCAGACCACCUGGCUUUGAAUCUAGACACAGCUACUCACUACUCUUGACCUUAGGCAAGUCUCUGAUGAUCAGUUUACUCAUUCAUAAAUAAUACAAAAGCCCACCUCAUAAAGUUGUGGUGAGAAUUAAAUGAGCUAUUACACUAAAAGUGCUCAAAGCAGUGCCUGGUCCAGAUCAAACACUGCAUAAAUCUGGCUAUAAUGUUAUGAAUGUUCUUGUCAGGUCCAGGUGGGGAUGGGUGAGACAGAUACAUCUGGAUUACUCCUGACGCUUCCAGAAAUAUUUGUUUAUGUAUGUGAAUUAAAAAUUAAGAGCAACCCGUUUAACUGCUCUGCCAAUAUGGUAGCUGCUGGCCACAUGUGGCUAUUUUCACACUUAAUUAAAAUUAAAUAUAAAUUAAAAACGCAGUUCCUUAAUCACAUUGGCCACAUUUUAUUUUACUUUUUUUAAACGUGGCUUCCAUCAUUCUUAAUAUAUUUCUUCAUUUACUUAAUCCAAGAAUACACAGAAAGUAGUUUUAUUUUUUUAAUAUUUAUUUAUUUGGUUGCACGGGUCUUAGUUGUAGCACACGGGCUCCUUAGUUGCGGCAGGUGGGCUCCUUAGUUGCAGCUCAGGGGCUCCUCAGUUGUGGCAGGCGAACUCUUAGUUGCAGCAUGUAUGGGGGAUCUAGUUCCCUGACCAGGGAUCGAACCCGGGCCCCUUGCAAUGGGAGCGUGGAGUCUUAAACACUGGACUGCCAGGGAAUUCCCUUCUCUGCCUUUUUUUUUUUUUAAACGACACCCAUCAUCACCUGAAAUUAUAUUAUAUAUUAAUUCAUUUAUCAUUUGCCUUUUUCUACUAGAAUGUCAGAUCUUUGAAAACACCAUUGUAUUGCCAGCCCCAAGAACACUGCCUGGUGUGUUGUAGAUGCCAGAUAAAUUUUGGAAUGAUUGGACGGAUGCAUGAAUGGAUGGGUGUGUGUGUGGGUAAAUAAGGGAUGGAAUACAAAGAUGGGUGGAUAGAUGGAUCAAAAAAUGGAUGGAUGUUUGGGUGAAUUAAGGGGAAGAUAAAUGGGCCAAUGAAUGGAUGAAAAUGUGGUGGAUGGAGUAGAUAGAUGGAUGGAGGAGUGAAUGAUGAAGGGCUGGGUGGAUAGAUUGAUUAGUAAAUAGAUGGGUGAAUGAAUGGAGUGGAUGGAUGAAGAAAGAAGUGGAUGGGUAGAUGGAUGGAUGGAUGAAUGGGUGAAGUAGAUGGACAGAAGGAAGGAUGGAGGGAGAAAUGGAUGAAGGAAGAAGUGGAUGAAUGGAUGGAUGGAUGCAUGCGUGGGUAUGUGGAUAAAUGGAUAAAUAGAUGGAUGGAUGGAAUGAAGGAAGGAGUGAACGCAUGGGUGGAUGCAUGCAUGCGUGGGUACGUGGAUAAAUGGGUGAAUGGAUGGAUUAGACAGUUGGAAGGAUGGACGGACAAAGCAAGAAGUGGUUGAAAGGAUGAUGGAUGGAUGGAUGAAUACAUGAAUAGAUGGAUGGAUGUAGUAGAAGGAUACAUGAAUGGAUGAGCGAAUAGAUGGAGAGAUGGAGGGGUGGACAGAGGGAGAGGAGGUUGGGUGGACGCUCUGGCAGGAAACAUUCUGGACUCUGUCCCUGUUACUUUUGUUUUCCAGGCCGACCCUCACUCUUCCUGGCACUGUGUGCCUCUGUGUCUUUGCUGGGCGGCCUGACCUUUGGCUAUGAACUGGCAGUCAUAUCGGGUGCCCUACUGCCACUUCAGCUUGACUUUGGGCUAAGCUGCUCGGAACAGGAGCUCCUGGUGGGCAGUCUGCUCCUGGGGGCUCUCCUUGCCUCCCUGGUAGGGGGCUUCCUCAUCGACCGCUAUGGCAGGAAGCAAGCCAUCCUCGGGAGCAACUUGGUGCUGUUGGCGGGCAGCCUGAGCCUGAGCCUGGCCAGCUCCCUGGCCUGGCUGGUCCUGGGCCGCUCAGUGGCUGGCUUUGCCAUCUCCCUCUCCUCCAUGGCCUGCUGUAUCUACGUGUCAGAGCUGGUUGGGCCACGGCAGCGGGGAGUGCUGGUGUCCCUCUACGAGGCAGGCAUCACCGUGGGCAUCCUGCUCUCCUAUGCACUCAACUACGCGCUGGCCGGUGCCCUCUGGGGCUGGAGGCAUAUGUUCGGCUGGGCCACUGCACCUGCUCUCCUGCAGUCCCUCAGCCUCCUCCUCCUCCCCCCUGGUACAGUUGAUGCUGCAGCCCACAGGGACCUCAUCCCCCUCCAGGGAGGCGAGGCCACGAAGCUGGGCCUGGGGAGGCCAAGAUACUCCUUCCUGGACCUCUUCAGGACCAGGGAUAACAUGAGAGGCCGGACCAUGGUGGGGCUGGGGCUGGUGCUUUGCCAGCAGCUAACAGGGCAGCCCAACGUGCUGUGCUACGCCUCCACCAUCUUCCAUUCAGUCGGCUUCCGUGGGGCCUCCUCGGCUGUGCUGGCCUCCGUGGGGCUUGGCGCCGUGAAGGUGGCAGCCACCCUGACCGCCAUGGGGCUGGUGGACCGAGUGGGCCGCAGGGCCCUGUUAAUCGCUGGCUGUGCGCUCAUGGCCCUGUCGGUCAGUGGCAUAGGCCUUGUCAGCUUUGCUGUGCCCAUGGACUCAGGCCCAAGUUGCCUGGCCGUGCCCAAUGCCACUCGGCUGUCAGGCUUCCCUGGAGACUCUGGCCUGCCCAGUGGCUUGGCUCCGCCUCUGCGGCCAAUGACCAACCAGAGCCCAGGGCGGCCAGUCUUGUCAACCUCUGAGAAAACCAAGCCUCAUCCGAGAGCUGGGGACCCCACUGCCCUUCCUCUGCCAGCCUUAAGCAUCAUGCCCGCUGCACGCCCUUCUCCUGCCCCUGAGCAUGCCCUGCUGCACUGGACCGCACUGGUCUGCAUGAUGCUGUUUGUGAGCGCCUUCUCCUUUAGCUUUGGACCAGUGACCUGGCUUGUCCUCAGCGAGGUUUACCCCGUGGAGAUCCGAGGGCGAGCCUUUGCCUUCUGCAACAGCUUCAACUGGGCCGCCAACCUCUUCAUCAGCCUCUCCUUCCUCGACCUCAUUGGUGCCAUUGGCUUGUCCUGGACCUUCCUGCUCUACGGGCUGACUGCUGUCUUCGGCCUGGGCUUCAUCUAUUUAUUUGUCCCUGAAACAAAAGGCCAGUCGUUGACAGAGAUAGACCAGCAAUUCCAGAAGAGACGGUUCGCCCUGAGCUUUGGCCACAGGCAGAGCUCGGCUGGCAUCCAUUACAGCCGAAUUGAGGUCUCUGCGGCCUGCUGAGGAGUCCAUCUGGAAAAUGCUGGAACCAUGGCUUUAGCAGACAGCCUUCAGCUUCCUGCUUGCCUGGGUGCCAGAGCACAAGUUCCAGGUGGUCCUUCAAGAGGCACCCCUGCUCUGGAAGAGGUCUGUUUUGCUGGGGCAAAAGGGAUGAAAAUCUGAGAACUCAGAAGUCUUCAGGUGGAGUCUCAGGCUCUGAGGGUUCCUGAGGCUCUGCCUUCCUGCCUCAGUUUCCCCACUGACUCUGCGCAUCUCUGCAGUAAUGAACUUAUGAUGAGAACAUCUUAUGGAGACUUCGUUGCUCUAUGGGCUUUCUCAAAGGAUCUCGAGGGUACCACCCUGGCAGGAAGUCUCUCCUGGAAUCACCCCUAAAUCCAGCUGAGGAUACCAUAUUCUCUGCUCUCUUUUUCCAUCUGGUUGGGACUUUCUGGGGAGGGGGAAGCCUGCUUUUUGGCUCUCAGAUCUCGUUUUGUUCAACCCCUCUAAUUCUCUUACCUGGAAUAUUUGUCAUUCACCAGCAACUCAGAUGGUUGGUAGGAGCUCUAGUCCUGAGUUCAAGGCCUGAGGCUGCUGGUGUUCUUGCUGUCGGACUGGGGAUCUCAGCUUUCCCUGUAUGUGCAAUGGGAGCUCUGACCCAGGGGGUUCUUAAAAUCUCUUCUGAUGCCAAUGAGCUGGAAUUCUAAGUGCCGGCAAUACCACAGAUAUUCAGCAUGGGUCCUGCUCUCAAGUUGCUAGUCAUCUCUUUCAGGGACAUAGGUUUUAAUUAGGGGAACGGUGAACAGAAUUCCAGAGUUGUGUGCACUAAAAUCCAAGGACCGUCCUAGUGCAGGUCACGAGCUCCAGGAGCUGUUUCCAGGAUGGCGCUGGCGGACUCUGCAGAAAGGAGGUGGGUCGGAAGCUAACAAACCUGGUUGUCGGUGUGGCCUCCACCUCUCGGCAGCUAGUGUCCCUGGAUAAGUAACAACUCCCUGAAGCCUCAGUUUCCACAUCUACAGAAUGGGGAUGACUAUGCCCCCAGGGGUGUAUUUAACCUCUGUCUCCCAUCAGGAGGGUCUUCAUUUGGUCCCAUUCAGCUGGUCAGGAUGGACGGGAUUUCUGCUCACCCUCAAUACCCAGGUCCCCACCUUUGGGACGUUGUAAAGGGCCACCCACCGCCCCCAAGGGGUGAGUCAGACGGAGACUGAGCAAGUAGCUCCUCUCCCACAGGACUCUGGCCUCCCCCGAGUCCUUGUCUCUCAUUUCUAGCUACUUCCCUUAGAUCCAGUGGUGUGUUGGAGCUGGCUUGUGCUGGCUUGCGAGAGCUGAUUGUUAAAUUUUCAGGAGUUUUGCAAGCUCGUUGUUAAACACAGCUGCUAAAAAAUUAAAUUAUUUAAAUUUAUACUUAAAUAAAUUAUAGUAAAACCGAGGUAAUACAUACUAAAAACUCAUCACUUCCUUAUUUUACUCCAUUUUGCUCUCGUCUGUGCUCUUAAGGUAAUUUACACCGAUUGCCUCGCACGAGGAACGUGGGGUAAGGGCACUGCCCAUCCCUUGCCGGGUCUGCCUUCAGUGACCCACGGGGAGUGUAUUUGCACCGCAGGGACUGGGGAACACCACAGACCAGGGCUUGAUUUGUCGUUUUGUUGAUUGUCCAGUCUUAAGAAUGUGAUGGAUACAAUGUUAAUAAUGUAAAUUAAACUUAACAGUGUGUUCUGCCUGUAGUUGAUACAUUGUGAACGGCACAAAAAUGGAGGGGAUUAUUAUCCAGUGCAGCCAACAGGUGACUCAUGUCACUGGUGAAGGAGUUUGGACACAAGUCUUUGUUGUUUUACUUUCGUCUUAUUCAUUAACAGGAACAAACAUUUCAACUAGCAUUCAUGUCAGAACUGCAUUCGUGCUUCAGUGACGUCAGCAACUUCUUUGCUGAGUCAUAUUGUUGUGAAGCAUUUCUUCGUGGUCUAAUUUUGUUAAAUCGUGGCUAAAUUGCAGUGACAGUUGCCUUUGGAAUCAAGAGGUUGGCAGAAAAAUCAACAAAAACAUUUCUGUGAGAAUUAAUUGGCUAGAUGGCAUUUACAAUAAAGACUAUUUACAAUAAAGUAUUAUUAUUUGUAAA